AGCAACCGGUUGCCAGUUAGGGUUUGGCCGCGCGCGAAAAAUGGCGAGCACCUCCUCCACUCCGGCGGCUGUCGCCGCCGCCGCCUCCUACUUUCCACCGGAGCUGAUCCCCGAGGUCGCGAGCCGACUCACGAGCCUCCAGGAUUUCUUCGCCCUCCGCAACAGCUGCCGCGCGUACCGCGCCGCCCUCCCGCUCACCCCGUCCAACCUCGCCUCCCAGGCGCCGCUCCUCCUCCUCCUCCCCCACCGGGACGGGGCCAGCGCCGAAUUACCCGCCCUAUUCCACAUCGGCCUCCGCCGCCGCCUCCGCUUCCGCAUCCCUCGCACGCGCCAAGGCGACAUCAUUCUGGUCUUCACCCUCGGCUGCCGCGUCAUCAUCUGCGACGACAACCCGAGGGAUCGCAGCCAUCCCCAGCUCCGCAUGGUCCACCUCCUUACCGGCGAGGAGACCCGCCUCCCCGGCCCCGCCCCCGUGGCCAACCUCAGCCGCUUCGUCCUCUCCGGCGACCUCCUCGUCACCUGGUCCUACUUUUGCAACACCAUCGGGUUCUGCCGCCUCGGCGCCGCCGGUUGGAGUGUGGCGUCAAUCAGGGGUGGCUACCUCCUUGUUGGUAUGAUCUGUGUGAAGGGCACCGUCUACGCGCUGGCUUCGACAGGUUACCACUUCUAUAACCCAACCUACCUUCUUGCUGCUGUCAAGCUCUCAGAUAGCAGUAGUUCAGUGGAAUUGGAGUUCCUCGGAGAAGCGCUGAGUGCACAGACUCUGCAUCUGCCUGUUGGAACAGAGUUGGGCUUCAAACUUGCAGAGUGCCGCGGUGAGCCGAUACUGGUUGUCACCAUGAAAAUUAAUCCAGGUGUGUACCAUGUUUUUCGGUGGAAGUCCGGGGAGGCUAAGUGGGUGAGGAUUACUAGCCUUGAUGGGUGCGCCCUGUUUUUCGCGGUCCCUCAUUUUGUGGGCUGCCUUGGACCUGAUCAUCCAGGGAUUCGAAAGGACUGCAUAUACGUGAACAACGAAGGUUUAUGGAGUGAGUAUUCUUCAGUUGAUGGAUCUUUCCGUAGAUCUGAUGUUGUCAACCCUCAAGGGAAAAUACUGGAGGGUUUCAGUUCAUCUGAUUGGGUCUUUCCGAGCAUGUGUUGAUGUACUCCUCUGACCUGAGAGGUGCGCUGAAAUUAUUGUCCCAAGGAACAUGAUCUUAUUGGUGCUCUACUAUGCCUUCAUCCGCUAGUUGCUUUAACUAUUUUGUCACAACAAUUGCAACGCUAUGUUGACUGUCUUCGAUGCGAAUGUAGGCAUGUUAUCCCUUUACUUAUUGAACCUAAAAGCAUGUUCAGCAUGAAUGUAUCAGCCUAUGGUGCUGUGAAACUUCAUCAGGGAACUAGUUUAAAGACCUGUUUAAGUGAAGAUCCUUGUGAAUCAGGUGGCUUUGAAUGUGGUUUUCUUAGAACA